AUGUUAAAAGAAAUCGUUCUAUUGCUUGGUGUUGUAACGCUGUCAAACGCCAGACCCGACUUAUUGGAUUUGGACUCCAGAAAUGUUAUAACAGUGCCCCCUAAUUGUCCGGGAGGACAACAAUGGAUUAACGGACAAUGUCGUGACGUAUGGCGUAACGCUGCUACACCUUCUAACAUGAUCACGGUUCCUCCUAAUUGCCUCCCCGGUCAAGUGUACAUCAACGGACAAUGUCGUGACGUAUGGCGUAACGAAGCUUCCCCUUCUAACAUGAUCACGGUUCCUCCUAAUUGCCCCCCCGGUCAAGUGUACAUUAACGGACAAUGUCGUGACGUAUGGCGUAACGAAGCUUCCCCUUCUAACAUGAUCACGGUUCCUCCUAAUUGCCCCCCCGGUCAAGUGUACAUCAAUGGACAAUGUCGUGAUAUCUGGUUCAAGAGCAUUUUUGGACUAUCUGAAAAAAGGGAGCCUACCCCGUUCGCAAAUUUUCCUGGAAAUGAUGAGCACGUAUCAUCUGAUACGGUUGAAGCAAGAAACAUUAUAUCUAUACCGAACCAAUGUCCUGCUGGUUAUAGACCUGACGCUUUAGGCUAUUGCCGUAAAGAAUUUAACUGA